AUGAAAGACAACGUUGAUUCCUCUUCUUCAACGAAUGACAAUUUUUUUAGACUACUGCUAGCUAAUUACUCAUACUACGCUGCGAGUUCGAUGUAUUCAUGGGCCGAGCCGCUCAAUGGGACUAGUCCGCGCCCCAAGGGUACUGGGGAGUCCCUGGAUACGGACAGAUGUCGAGUUGGUAAGAACCACUAUGGCCUAUGGGAUACCCCAGUCCAAAUUAUAUUGGGUUAG